UUCUAGGGGGGCCGGGCGGUGUUUGCCGUCGAAUGGUGUAUCCUUCCGCGGCGGCGGGCGUAAGGCAGCCCCUGGCCGCCGUGUCCCUCCGCCGCCGGUAGCGCAGGGGCAGGCGGUGCCUUCCCGGACGGGGCGAGGAGGUCGCGGGCUUCGCUGGGGAGAAGGAGCAGAAACUUCCGAGUGAGGCGGCUGGCACAGCGGCUCGCCUGGCUCGGCGGGCAGGCGGAAAAGGGGGCUCCCCGCAGAGAAGAAAGAGAAGGAAGACGGAAGCGGCGGGGGCCGGUGCUCGCCGCCGCCCCGCGGGGUCUCUGCGAGGGAGCCCCAGGGACUCUUUCUCGCGGGGCUCGGCGGAGGGAUCUCUGGGAGGCUCUCCCGUCACCUCCCCCCCGCACCGCUCGCCCCUCGGCGCCGCCAUCUUGGAUUUUAAUCCGCCAUUUUUUUUCCUCCCCCCACUCGGAAUUAUUUUUUAUGCCUAUCGCUGCUUUUUGUCCCCCGCCUUAGCUUCUCCUUCCCUCCCGCCCCUUCCGCGCUCGCUCUUCGCCUCCUUGCCCUCCGCCGUCUUCCUCCCCUUUUUUUUCCCUCCCUCCUCCUCGCUCCCUCCCCGUGGAUGAUUCAUUUGCACCGGCGGCGGCCGGGGCAUCGCCGGAGGAGCCAGCGCGGCGGGCAGCCGGGCGUAGGAACCGAAACCGAAUUUAUUCAUCCACUUCUCCAAGCCUUUUGAAAAGUGACUAAAUGCAACUGAGUCAGACUGUCUGUGGGAAUGAAGUGGCUGGGAGAAUCCAAGAACAUGGUGGUGAAUGGCAGGAGAAGUGGAAACAAGUCGUCUAAUGACCACGGCCAGAGUCAGACCAAGCUGCAACACGUGGGAAAGGAGAACCCCAAGGCUGGCAAAAAUGGAGUGGAGAGAAGAUCGAGCAGAUGUAGCGGUGCUUCAGGAUUUGAGGGUCAGAGUCGUUAUGUGCCUUCCUCUGGAAUGUCUGCCAAGGAACUGUGUGAAAACGAUGACCUAGCAACUAGUUUGGUUCUUGAUCCCUAUUUAGGUUUUCAGACACACAAAAUGAAUACUAGGUUUCGACCCAUUAAAGGAAGGCAAGAAGAACUCAAAGAAGUGAUCGAACGCUUUAAGAAAGACGAGCACUUAGAAAAAGCCUUCAAAUCCUUGACGUCAGGUGACUGGGCCCGGCACUAUUUUCUUAACAAGAACAAAAUGCAGGAAAGGUUGUUCAAGGAACAUGUAUUUAUUUAUUUGCGGAUGUUUGCGACCGACAGCGGCUUUGAGAUCCUGCCCUGUAACCGCUACUCCUCGGAGCAGAACGGAGCCAAGAUUGUGGCAACAAAAGAGUGGAAGCGGAACGAUAAAAUCGAGUUACUGGUGGGCUGCAUUGCUGAGCUGUCAGAAAUGGAAGAAAAUAUGCUGCUGAGGCAUGGGGAAAAUGACUUCAGUGUCAUGUAUUCUACCAGGAAAAACUGUGCUCAGCUGUGGCUUGGUCCUGCUGCCUUCAUCAAUCAUGAUUGCAGACCUAACUGUAAGUUUGUGUCAACGGGCAGAGACACAGCAUGUGUGAAAGCUCUGAGGGACAUUGAGCCUGGAGAAGAGAUCUCUUGUUACUAUGGAGAUGGUUUUUUUGGAGAAAACAAUGAAUACUGCGAAUGUUACACCUGUGAAAGACGUGGAACUGGUGCUUUUAAAUCAAGAGUGGGAUUGCCAGCACCUACUCCUGUGAUUAACAGUAAAUAUGGACUGAGAGAAACAGAUAAAAGGUUGAACAGACUGAAAAAGCUGGGGGACAGCAGCAAGAAUUCUGACAGCCAGUCUGUCAGCUCCAACACCGACGCGGACACCACUCAGGAAAAAGCGAAUGCAACUACCAGGAAAUCUUCAAUUGGCGUCAAAAAGAACAGCAAAAGCAGAGCGUUGACGACCAGACAGUCUAUAGCCAGGAUUCCAGCAGCAGCCAACUCUACCUCAGCUAAACUAACUCACAUAAACAAUUCCAGGGUACCAAAGAGACUGAGAAAGCCUGCAAAGCCUUUACUCUCCAAGAUCAAGUUGAGAAACCAGUGCAAAAGGCCCGAGCAAAAGAACGCUUCGAGAAAGCUCGAAAUGGGAAACUUGGUUCUCAAAGAGCCUAAAGUGGUUUUGUACAAAAACCUGCCCCUAAAGAAGGAGAAGGAGUUGGAGGGACCAGUCAAAGUUGCAGUCUCCAGCGGGUGCUUGACGAGGCAUGCAGCCAGAGAACACAAACUGAACUCUGUGAAAGGUGCUCACGAGCAUGGGGACAUCCCACCCUGCACGUACAUCACCAGGAGGUCGGUCAGAACCAGGCUGAGUUUGAAGGAGACCUCUGACCUAAAGCUUGAACCAAAUACCUUGGAUAGCUACAAGAAUAACUUGAGCAGGCUGCAGGCGGACGCUUUAGAGCAGCAGGCGCACGGCGGCGGCGAUAGCGACCGGGGACCAGCGCACAAAGGAGAGGGCAGGUGCCAGAAAAACGAGGCAGGUGCCUCAAGAAAGAAAUCUCGGCCGGGCAAGCUUGUGAAAGGCCCUGCAAAGGCAGAGCAGGCUGAUACUAUGCACAACCCCCCCGGGAAAGACGACGUCCCGGAGCUGAUCAGCUCCCGCGCGGACCCGGCGGAGAGGACCCAUGCGGCCGAUGCGCCUGUGGCAGGCUAUAAGGACUGCAUCCCCGCGGCUGGUGGCUGCUCCUUGGUCGCAUCUGACAGCUUCAAAGCAAAAGACAGCUUUAGAACUGCCAAAAGCAAAAAGAAAAGGCGGAUCACCAGGUAUGACGCUCAGCUCAUCCUGGAAAACAGCUCCGGCAUCCCUAAGCUGACUCUGCGCAGGCGCCACGACAGCAGCAGCAAGGCCGCCGACCAGGAAAGCGACGGAGUCAACUCCUCCAAAAUCAGCAUCAAGCUAAGUAAAGACCACGAAAAGGAUAAUAAUUUAUAUGUAGCAAAGCUGAACAAUGGCUUCAACUCAGGAUCGGGCAACAGCUCCACGAAAUUGAAAAUACAGCUGAAGAGAGAGGAGGAGAACCGAGGGCCCUACCCCGAGGAGCUCCGCGAGAACGGAGUGUGCUGCAGUGAAACCCUCUCCUUGCUGCAGUCCAGGAUGGAGGUGGAUGAGUAUGGGCACUACGAAGAAGAAACGGCAGAUGAGUCCUCCUCAGAAGAGGAGGAUGAUGAGGAAGACGAUUAUGAUGAUGAAUUUGAUGACUUUAUUCCUCUUCCUCCAGCGAAGAGAUUAAGGCUUAUCGUUGGCAAAGAUUCCAUAGACAUCGAUAUUUCUUCCAGGAGGAGAGAGGAUCAAUCUUUAAGGCUCAAUGCAUAAGCUUCUAUAGGUCUUUCAACUGACCUGGAUGUCAUUUUAAAACAAAAUAACACCUUUUUAAAACAAAAAAACUUAAGAACUCCAACUCCACCCCCAACAGCAUCCCAAAAAACCCCCAACCCAACCCUCCCCACUUUGGACCCCAGCAGAAAUUCCAUGGGAUGAUUCCUCUCAGCUGAAGAACUUCCCCUUUAGACCCUUGUUGGCAGCACUUGUUGGUUAUUUUGUUUGAUUCACCUCUUGGGAGUAACCUUGUAGAAAGUGUACAGCAUUCUGACAUCUUCUGAAACAAAACAAAAGUCUGAUUUGUGCAGAUUUUUAUUGUACUUUUUAAUAGCCUUCCUAAUGUGCAAUUCUUGGGAGUUUAGAGGUUAAAAAAAAACAAAAAACCACAAAAUUGCUCUCUUGUAAAAUAAAAAAAAAUGACAAAAAAAAAAAUAAGCUGGAGCAAAAUGAUGAAGUUGCAGCAGCAGCAGCAGCAGCCAAAUCUUUUCCUUGCAGGACAAUGAAACAACAAUCCAAUGUGGCUACAGAAUCCUUCGCGUUCCUUCGCUCAGCCCUUUUGGGUUUGCUCCUCCGAGGCUUGGGCGAAAUGAUUCCAACAAAAUCAUAGUAGCAGCAGAAUGAAAGGUUUUUUCUAGGCUCUGUUAAUAUCACCAGCAAUGAUCUACAGCUUGUCAGUUUCUUUGCUAGAUGGUUUGGUUUUUCUUUCCCCCUCUCCUCACCCUCCUCACUCCUUGGAGUUUUGUCAGUUUUAACACUGUAAGCUGUCCCAUGCCUGCUGUUUGUGGCCUUUGUGCUAGCAGCAAAACGUUGGUUGGUUGGAAGUCCCAAGAAUUGGCUUCUGGAAGUCCCAGGAAUUGGUUUCUGGAAGUCCCAAGAGUUGGUUUCUGAAAGUCCCAAGAAUUGGCUUCUGGAAGUCCCAAGAGUUGGUUUGGUUUCUAGAUGUCUGGACUUGGUUUGGUAUCUGGAAAUCAAACUGAUUGGCUUCUCAAAUUCCAAGGAGUUGGUUUCUGGAAGUCAAGCUGAUUGGCUUCUGGAAUUCCAAGGAGUUGGUUUCUGGAAGUCAAGCUGAUUGGCUUCUGGAAUUCCAAGGAGUUGGUUUCUGGAAGUCAAGCUGAUUGGCUUCUCAAAUUCCAAGGAGUUGGUAUCUGGAAGUCAAACUGAUUGGCUUCUGGAAUUCCAAGGAGUUGGUUUCUGGAAGUCACAAGAAUUGGUUUGGUUUCUAGAAGUCCAGAUUUGGUUUGGUAUCUCAAAGUCAAACUUAUUUCCUUCUCAAAUUCCAAAGAGUUGGUUUCUG